AAUUAUUGUAGAACAUAGUAUAGUAAAUUGAACUGAAAUAUUUUAAUCGAAACAAAUGUUUUGGAAUAUUUUAUCAAGACAUUGAGGAAUAAUAAAAAAUUCAAGUUAUUUUUGGAAAAGUGAUAAGGAAAUAAAACAUAUUCACUCUAAUGCAUUUUGUAAUAAUGACACGCAAUGAAUUUCAGUGCAUUGUAAAAACUAAUUAGAAUUAAAUAUUUUGCAAAUGCUUAUUCAACACAUUGUUGUAAUAAUCAACUCAUUGCACUUUUUAUUAAUAUCUAAUUAGGUUUUUCCAUCAGUCAAGUGGAAUAACAUAAUAUCUUUUAUUAAGCUAAAUCAAACUUUUCAGGAAGUUAUAAUGGCCAGUACAGUGACUUCUGAACAAUUUUCAUUAAGAUGGAACAACUUCCAUUCGAAUUUAAAAUCGGGAUUUCAUGAGCUGUUGCAGCAAGCUGACAUGGUUGAUGUAACAUUGGCUGUCGAUGGACAUUUUCUGCAGGCUCAUAAAGUGGUUUUAUCUAUCUGCAGUCCAUAUUUCAAACAACUAUUUAAGGUCAACCCUUGUAAACAUCCAAUAGUCAUAUUAAAAGAUGUUUGUCACGAAGAUAUGAAGGAUAUAUUACAGUUCAUGUAUAUGGGAGAAGUAAGUGUACUAAGAGAUAAUUUAUCGUCCUUUUUAAGAACUGCUGAGAUCUUACAAGUCAAAGGAUUAACUGGUGAUGAAUCGAAUGAAGAUAGUCGGUCUCAAAAAGAUGAAAAAUGUGAUAUAGAUACGGAAGGAGAAAGUGACAUAUAUAACCAACUCAUUGAAACAACAACUGACAUUGAUUUGCCCACACCAUACUCACAACAGUUCCCUGUACAAACUUCACCUUUACCUCUAAAUACUUCAAAAAGACAGUCCAAAACACUUACUCCCCCGCACACUAAAAAACCUAAAUGUUCCGACUCUUAUUCUGCUAGUUCUAAUUCUGUUAAGCCAGCCGUAACAAACAAAGAAUCUGAAAUACCAAAGCCUAAAUCCGAAUACAAAAGCUGUGAUUUUUCAAAUGCUCAAAAUUUAAAUAGUGUUAAGUCUGUUGGAGAGAAUGAAGAAGCCAAAGAUUACUCAAAAGCGUGUGGAAUAUUAUGGGAAAGUAAUACAACAACAAAUGUUACAGGAAUUGGUACAGCUACUUCUACUGCAGCAAAUAAUACCGAUGCAUAUACAACAGAUCAAGGUGGUAGGUCGGACUCACGAUCCUUCAGACACGGAUACCAAUGCGAACAGUGCCUGAAAAAGUUUUCGAGAAGAGAUCAUCUGCGUACCCACGAGAAAAAUAUACACGGCUCGGACGCGGGUCCCUUCAAAUGCGUCAUCUGCGAACAGCUCUAUAAAAACACAGAAAGUCUACGGAAACAUAUUGCCAAAUUCCAUUUCACCAAUAUGAACGAUCUGGGACAAAACAAAAUCGAAGUGAAGAUUUGAAUGUUGAUAACUUUUGAAACGUUAAACUUAUGUCGAGCUGUCUAUCGAAAUAAUUAGACUUGAGGUGGGUUCUCGUCUAUCAGUCUCAUUGAAGUAGUCUGACUGUGUCAGUGAUUCGGUGUGACUAAACGAAUAAUGAACGUGAGAAUGUAUUUUUAAUGAAACUGAACAAUAUAUUCAUACUCUCAGUAAAAUUGAAAGUUUUAUUCAUUUUGACUGAAUAGUGAAUAAGACAGUUAAAGCACGGCCAAAGACAUACUAGCCAUGGUCACUUUAUUUCCGUGGUCUGUACUAUAAUGCAUAUUAACUAACAUGUAAUUAUAAAUAGAGAUAUAUACGGCCAGUUGACAGAUAGAGAGGCGAAAUAAAAAACGGCGUACAGUGUUGCCGGUUUAUACGAUAAAUAAAAUAAUAAACGAAGAUAAUAUAUUUAAGCUAUACAAUAAUGCUCAUUUCUAUUAGACAGUUGUUUAAGAAUCUAUUAUAGCUGUAGUAGAAUGAGUAACUAAUUAUGAAAAAUAAAGUUCCAGCCCUAGAUGCAACAUUUUUCGUAAAAACCUACUUGUGCGAUUUGAAAUUUUGGUGCAAAACCCGUGCAAUACCGCAUAUAAGAAAUGUAUCAAGCUAACUUUUAUUGAUUUUUCAUUUAAGCUGUCUACAUCACUGUCUUACACGUUAAAAUCCAGGCCACGCAGUUUCGAUGAUCAGAUUGGUGUACGUACACCUAUCGUUUGAUAUGUCGUCUCCUUAGAGCAGAACAAGUCUACAUCUAUUAUAAGAAAAUUUAAAUCUUAAGGGGGGCUACUUCCUAUAAAAUCAUAAUAAUUCCUAUUAAUAUUUUUUUCAUCUUUCGAUAUUACUUUUAUAAAUUUAAUGUGGAAUCAAUGAAAUAAUAUCAGUGUUUAUAGCCGCCCAUACUAAAAUAUGUUAAUAAAAAAUUGGUAGGCAGUUCUUUUAGUUUCAAAGUAAAGGAAUUUUUCC